GUGUGUCCGUGUGUUCAUGUGUACGUACAGUGCUGAACACGCUGCGGUCUCUGCCCCUUAUCAGCUUGCAGCGAAGGUUCCUGUUUCAGACUCGGCGCUCAAACGCAGCACAAAAAGAACCAGGCAGGGCUCCAGCGCCAUCCAGGACCCUCACCCAGGACCCACGACGCCUGCGUGGCCAGGGGCCCCUUGAAGCGAGUGGCAGAGGGAGGGUCGGAGACAGCUUCGAGAGCCCGGGCAUGGAGCCGGGUGCGGGAGUCGGUCACGGCCGCGCCAGGGACGUCAACGACCCGCUGGUCCCAGUUGCGGACAUUCUGUACGCGAUGGUGAGCCAGACAUCGGAGAGGUCGUCCAAGCGCCACCCGGUGCAGUCCUCGCCUCGCGGGCCCGCAGGCGGCGGCCCGUUCAGUUCCUCGUGGCCCCGGGAGCAGCAGGGCUCCUCGCGCGACGACUCGGCGCCACUGCCACUGCCAGGAGGCAGGGUCAGAUACGCGACUCUGGCGAGCGACGGCAUGGGGAGGCAAGGUUCCAGCGCCCUGCCCCCGUUGCCCAGUCUACUCCGUGACCCCGCGGUAGCCGGCACCCUGUCCACGCGACUCAGCAACCUCCCCCGAGCCCCCCGCGUGCAACCCAGCACCCGGCCCCCCGUGCCGAGCAUCCUGCAAGGUCCCCCCAUGCAUCCCGCCACCAGCGCCCUGCCUCCGUUGUCGAGCCCCCUUCACGACCCCGCUGUGGGCUGCAGCAGCACCCUGCCCGCGCUCCCGCGACCCAGCUACCUCCUGCGAGGCCCCGGGGUGCAACCCAGCGGCGGUGGCAGCGCCCUCUGCGUGCUGCAUCACUUCAAGAGCGGCGCGCAGCCGGGCAGCGAGAGCGUUCCAUACGGGGAGCAGAGCACCGUGCAGGACUUGGUGGACGCGAUGCUGCAUGCGCGGCCGCACGCGCGCGCCAUCGUGGGGCUGUUCGCGCUGCGCGAGGCCCACGUGCCCACGCGCGCCUCCCGAUGGCUGCCGCACACGUUGCUCGUGCGAGAUGUGCGCAUGAGUCACGUGUCGCCACUGCUGUGCAGGUACGACCUGCGGAUCCGAUAUCUGCCCAAGGGGUUCUGGGACGAGCUGGUCAAGAACCCGGUGCUUCUGACCUACCUGUACCAGCAGGAGUGGAAUGCGUUCCACGAGGAACACGUGGAGAGAGAGUCGGACGGCAUGGCGCUGCAGCUCGGCUGCCUCAACAUCCAGCGGACCUGCAACAGCGGCCCGUACAGAAUGGGGGACAAGAAGUUCUUCGAGCAUCUGGAGCACUCGGAGCGGGGUCUGCGUGCGUUCUUCCCGGAGUCUCUACUCACCACCAUGAAGGUGAAGUUGCUGCGGCGCCAGGUGCAGGAGGUGCUGCGUCUGUAUGCGGGACUCACCCAGGAGCAGUGCAUGGAGCGCAGCCUGCGCCUGAUGGCAGCCGUGCGGCCCUUCUACGAGGAGCGCGUGCCCUGCGAGCUGGGGAACGAGUGGCCCGUGCAGGUGCAGCUGGUGAUUGGACCCGAAAGCGACAUCAGCUACUCUACAGACACGACCGCCGAGCCGGUGCUGCUGGCGCGCCUGGACGCGGUGUGCAGAGUGGAGGCGGUGCAGCGAGCGGAGCGAGACUGCGUGCAGCUCCGCCUCAGGGACUCGGGCACGCCGCUCAUUCUCCUGGUCCGGGGAUCGUCCGAGGCCGAGUCCCUCUCCACGCUGCUCGACGGGCACUGCCGCGUGGCCCAGGGCGGCGUUGACGGGGGGGUCCCCUCGCUGCUGGGGGCUGGGGGGCCCAGCGGAGCGUUCGACGCCGACGAUUACGCCGAGAUCCCGGACGAUGACAGCACGUACUGCUGCCUGCCUGCGCGCCGAGGAGAGGUGGCGCGCGCCAGCGUCCGCGUCUCCGAGUGCCUCGGGGAGGGCCAAUUCGGGGACGUGCACCGCGGGGUCUACACCGACGAGGACGGCGUGGAGGUGCCUGUGGCCGUGAAGACUUGCAAAGAUCCCACUGUGUCCAAGGCAUUCCUCCAGGAGGCCUACACGAUGCAGGAGUUUGACCACCCUCACAUCGUCCGCUUCGUGGGCGUCAUCGCCGAGGGGGAGCCACAAAGCCUCCUCAUGGAGCUCUGCCUCUACGGGGAGCUACGCAAGUACCUGCAGACCAAUUUUCUGGAGCUGGAGCAAGACCUGCUGCUCUCCUUCGUCUGCCAGAUCAGCACGGCACUCUCAUACCUGGAGAGCCGCAAGGUGGUGCAUAGAGACGUGGCGGCGAGGAACGUGCUGGUGGCGGCGCGCGACUGCGUGAAGCUCGGGGACUUCGGCCUCUCCCGCAGUAUGGGGGACAGCGAAUACUACCGAGCCGCCAGUAAAAGCAAACUCCCCAUCAAGUGGAUGGCACCCGAGUCCAUCAGCUUCUGCAAGUACACGGCAGCCAGCGACGUGUGGAUGUUCGGUGUGUGCACGUGGGAGAUCCUGUGCCGGGGAGCGAAGCCGUUCCCCGGGGUGCGGAACGAUGAGGUCCUGGGGCGGCUGGAGAAGGGCGAGCGGCUGCCUCUGCCCACCGGCUGCCCCCCCAAACUCUACGGGCUGAUGGGGCGCUGCUGGGCGCGCGACCCCACGGCGCGGCCGCCCUUCUCCGAGCUCAAGUGGCAGCUCCAGGAGAUCCGCGAGGAAGAGAGCGCCCAGGAGGAGCCACGCGUGAAGGGGCCGUGGCGCAUGUCCUACGGGGUUGACCCUGGCCCCCCAAAGCCCACCCGCUUGCAGGGCUCACUCUCCCCGGAUGUGGACGAUUACGCCGUGCCGCUGCUCAAUCUGCUGGGGGAGCCGACCCAGCCCGGGCCGAAUGCGUCGUUGCUGCAGGACGAGCUGCUGCUGCUGCAGAAGGCGGCCAUGGUACGGGAUGGACUGUGGCUCCACGGGGACAGGGCGGGCAAGGCUGCGCGGCGGAUCGAGGAGCAGGACACCCCAGGACCUCAGCAGGAGGCGCCUCACGUCGUGCGGACGAACCCCGUUGAGCCGACGAGGCGAGAUGCACUCCCUACUACGUGCGGAGAAGUGUUCGCUCCUCGGAAGCCUCCGAGGCCUGGGGCACCAUCGGUGCCCGAGGGGGGCCUGGGCGGAGGAGAGACGCAGCUCACGGGAGCCAAGGUGCAGGCGGGCGAGCCGGUGGUGCUGGGCCGCACGGCGCCACGUGAGCGCGCAGGCGACGUGGUGUUCGCGUGCGUCACGCGGGUGGUGCAGGCCGUGCUGCAGCUCAACUCGCGCUCCGCGGACGCGAGCUCCGACGACCUCGUCGCGCUCGUCAAGACUGCGGGGGAGGCUCUGCGCGCGCUCCUCUCCGCCGUCGAAGAGGAGCUGCCCUCGCUGCCCCUCGACUCCCAUCGCCAGGUGGAGAUGGGGGAGCGGCUGCUGAACGCCGACCUGGGCCGCCUCAUCGGCAGCCUGCGCACGGCACAGCAGUACGCCGACACCACGGUGGCGCAGGGGCUUCGUAAGCCCCUGCUGAACCACGCCCACGUGCUGGCCAUCGACGCCAAGGCCCUGCUCGAUACUGUGGACCAAGCGCGAGGGACCGUGCCCCCCACCCCAACGAGCCAGGCGCCCCCCUGAGUCGUGCCAACGCCUGGGCCAAGGUGGAAGAUGGCGCAGUGCCCAACCCAAGUAGCACUUUGUUGAGCUGGUGGAACGGCCUUAAAGAAAAAUGUCGCACCAGCCCCAUGGCUAAACUACUGCCAGCAGCAGAAGCCUCUGCCGGCACCGUUAGAGAUGAGGGCAGCUAAACACCACCCGAGACCCCUUGCCUUGUCCCCGAUUAACCCCUUCCACAAUCUCACGGGUGAGCCUGAAAACAAUUCCCUGACCCCCUCCCCCCAACCAAAAGGAGUCUUAUUGGUGGCGUCAGAGGCAUUUGCACGAUUCUCGUUGUGUACACUGUUCUUAUUAAAAUCUCGUAAUCUA